GAAGUAGGGUUUAUAGUAGAGAAUGGAUACAUAAAAGAUUGUAUUGUAUACAGCGAUUGCCUUUUCCCUGAAUUAGUUGAUGCAUUUGCUGCUACCCUUAAAGCUAAGUUCCCGGAUCAUACUGAGAAGUUGGAUGAAUUUGCUGAGUGGUUGGCUGAGGCAUCGCAGUCCUAG